ACGAUGCGUCUGAUUGCACUUCCUAUACUUUCCGACUCUCAUGGACUCAUAGACUGACUACUGUUUACUCCCGCACAGCAAAUUGGAAUCGACUGUGGGCGCUUCGGCCCCGGGCUGAUUCCCAUGCCGUUAUAAGGGUUUGCACAGGGGGCGCCUCAUUCGCACACCCUUUCUUCCUCACACCCAUCUAACCUCGUACAUAGCUCAUCAAAACAUGUCCGAGGAUCUCCAACUCAGACUCGCUGCCGUCCAGAAAGCCAUCUCCAAGCGCCUGCCGUUCGUCAGCGGCACCCUUGACGUUCCCGUCAGCGACCUCAAGCUCUACUUCGGCGAGGUCGACGAUGCGUACUGCCUCAACUUCGCGCGAGCGACGGAGGAGCAGCUCGCCAAACUGGCCGCCGCCUGCGACCCCGCCUCAUUUGGCGUCAAUAAGGAAGAUGUCCUCGACGAGUCGUACAGCAAGGCCGGCAAACUCGACACCGACAAAUUUGCGUCGCUGCCCAAGGUCGCAGAGUACGGAUUGAUUGACACGGUCCGCGACGAGCUGUUGCUAGAAGGCGCGGACAGCAUGAAGCAAGUUGCGUGCGAGCUUUACAAGCUUAACGUUUAUGGCAAGGACUCGUUCUACAAGUCUAACAAGGACACCCCGCGCAGCGAGCGCAUGUUCGGCUCGCUUGUCAUCGGUGGCGCCCUCGUCCUGCGCGAGGACGGCCGCGGAUGGCUGUUCGACUACGCUGCAGAGAUCGCAAACUCAACGAAAAUCGCCUACGUCGCAUUCCCCGGCGAACGCGAGCACGACGUCCUCACCGUCCAGUCUGGCUACUGCAUUACCUUGACGUACAACCUCUACUCUGACGCCGCUCCGGCGCCUAUACCUUUAGGUAGCAAGCCUAUUCCUCGCAGUGUCGCUGUCGAAGACGCCCGGCUUAGAGCUGCAUUGCAGAAACUUCUGCAGGUCCCUAGUCUCCUGCCGAAUGGUGGCUAUCUGGCCUUUGGUUUGCGCUACAAGUACCCUUGCGAUCAGGACACGGGGCUAUCGGACCUGCUUCCUCAAUUGAAGGGCGCUGACGCUAUGGUGCAUCGCGCCUGUCAGGCUCUCGAAAUCGAGGGGCAAUUGAAGGUCGCUUACCGUCAGGAUGAUAUAGACGGCGACCGAGAUGACGUUUUCAUCAUUCGGAAUGGGUUCUUCGGGGACUGCUGCAUCCCUCCGGGGCAGAAUUUCGACUCUAUGCUCUUCGAGUGCGAUUCCGAGCUCAUUCGCGCGAUGGGAUCCAAGCUUAUCGAAGAGUACGCGGGUGAGGACCAAACCGACGACGGCGCGGAAGAGGUCUUGUGGGUUACACCGUUUAACGAGUACACCAGCGUGAAGGAGUCUUACGCCGGGUACGGAAACAAAUACCUGACUGAGAAGCAUGCCUACCUUGCAUACUUUGUCACGGUUCCGAGCUACGACAUACAAAGUGGCGACCCUGUCGAAUCGGAUUCAUCUACGACUGAACGCCAGGAGGAUGCAGAGAGUUCUCUUGCGCGCGGUCCGGAAGUUACUUCCAGAGCACCCACUCCCCAUAUUGGAGAGUUGGAAUCAGAUCUCAGCGUUGGUGCGCUGAAGCGCAAACACCAAAGCGUGGCCUCUUCCGAAGCGUCCGACGCGCCCACCGAUCAUCUCUCGGACGCCUGCGCGGAAGGAUACGAUGAAGGACUCUCGUCACCACCGCACAAACGCCUGCACCGAGACUUGAGUCCGUAGGUUCCAAGUAGCCUCUAUUUCCCUUGUUCUCUCUGCUUCAGCCUGUCUGUGCCACUCCUAUUACUUUAUUUUUUUGUCAUAUGUCGAGAUAUAACGUACAGUGUGGAAGGUCGA